AUUGUGUUUCUCUUCUGUUCUUUGACAAAUCUUAAAUUGGGCUUAUGAUAUUUUCUUAAAUUUGUAGCAUUCAAAAUGGUGAGAGUUAGUGUCUUGAAUGAUGCUCUUAAGAGCAUGUACAAUGCUGAGAAACGAGGGAAGCGCCAGGUCAUGAUUAGGCCAUCUUCCAAAGUCAUCAUUAAGUUUCUUUUGGUGAUGCAAAAGCAUGGUUAUAUUGGAGAGUUUGAGUAUGUUGAUGAUCACAGAGCUGGCAAAAUUGUGGUUGAACUGAAUGGAAGGCUUAACAAGUGUGGGGUUAUUAGUCCCCGUUUUGAUGUAGGUGUCAAGGAGAUUGAGGGUUGGACUGCCAGGUUGCUCCCAUCAAGACAGUUUGGAUAUAUUGUGCUGACAACAUCAGCAGGCAUCAUGGAUCAUGAAGAGGCUAGGAGGAAGAAUGUUGGUGGAAAAGUGCUUGGUUUCUUCUACUAGAUGGGGGAGUUGAUUGAGUUUUCACACAGAAUUUACAGUUGAUGAAGAGUUUUGCACUGUACUUUGAGCCUUUGAUACCAAUUUCCUGUAGGAUCUGUUCAAGUUAAUGCUUUAAAUUUUUUUUUUUUCUUUUUGGGGCUCUGAAUGCAAGUAGUAGUUGUCCCUUUAUUAUCAUUUCUCAUAUCAAUUAAAGACCGGAAUUCAUGUUGGUUAUUGCUGCAUUAAGCUAUCAUUGUGUAUGUUUCAUAUAAUCAUAUAAUUAGAUACUCACCGGGCGGCUGUGUUUCGAAUGAAAUCUCUUUUAAAAG